AUGGCCUCCUCUUCUUCCAAAACAACGUCAAGUGGACCCGUUUUACGUUCUCUCUCACCCUCUUCCAGAUUCUGUUCCUACACCACCUCCAAAACCCCUUUCUCUUCCCCUUCUUCAGCCUUUGCAUCCUCCACAGCUUCUGCCUUCUCCUCUCCCUCUUCAACCUUCUUCACCAACCCCCGUCACAACCACUCUCAGUCCAAUCAUCACUCUCAUCACCGUGCCGCCUCCCCCACACGUGUCAAUCUAUACAGCCCCGCUCCUCUAUCCUCUGGCGUACGCUUCUCCAUUGACCCCCGCUCUAUCUCCCCUAACCGCUCCAUCUCCAACCAGAUCAUCACCAAGAACAACCGUCCCAUUUCUGGUCAGAAGAAAUCAUGUAUGUGCUCCCCUACCACGCACCCUGGCUCGUUCAGAUGCAGCCUCCACAAGAACGCAGGCAACAACCACCACCACGCGGAUUCCUACCCCUCCAAUCGCCUCAACAUGCGCAGAUCCGCAAUGAAGAACUCGCUUGUCAGGAUCGGAGGCGUGGAGGGUGAGUGGGUGAAACGGGCCCUGACAGCGCUGAUCCGACCCAGUUCGCAUCAACAGAGGAGGAGAGCGGGUUUCGAGCCCAGGCCCAGUCGUCUCUCUGUCAUGUCCAAGGCCCAGGAUCUUUGA